AUGGAGUUCGAAGAGGCCGUCAAAGAUAUUUUCUGCGGUUCGGUCGCGGGGGCCUUGGGUAAAGUUGUAGAGUAUCCAUUCGACACAGUGAAAGUCAGGCUGCAGACGCAGCCCACGCACAUGUUUCCGAACGCGUGGUCAUGUAUAAAAUACACGUACGCCAACGAGGGUUUGUGGCGAGGAUUUUACCAAGGUUUGGGGUCACCUGUGAGUGGAGCCGCACUCGAGAAUGCAGUGCUUUUCGUGGCCUUCAACCGCGCAUCGCAUGUCCUUGAGCACCAUACGUCAUUGAGCCAAGUGUCAAAAUCCGUAUGGGCCGGUGCGUUUGCAGGUGCGUGCGCAAGUUUUGUGCUCACACCUGUCGAACUGGUGAAAUGCCGAUUGCAAGUAUCGAACCUUACGAAAGUACCUGGGGCACAGUCUAAGAUUUGGCCCACGGUCAAAUCCAUUUUGGCCGCAAAGGGACUUGCAGGUCUGUGGCAGGGCCAAUCCGGCACGUUCGUGCGUGAGACAGGUGGUGGUGCGGUUUGGUUCACCACAUAUGAAAUCGUCAAAGAGCUUUUGGCAGCGAGAAGACAGUCUCAAGAAAACCACACGUGGGAAUUAUUGGUAGCAGGUGCCUGCGCGGGUGUCGGAUUCAACGCCAGCACUUUCCCCGCAGAUACCAUCAAGUCGACAAUGCAAACCAGGCACGACUCCUUCAUGAACACGACAAAGACAAUUUUGGCCCGCCAAGGAAUCUCGGGCUUUUACCGCGGGCUCGGUAUCACUCUGGUAAGGGCCGUUCCGUCCAAUGCGAUCAUAUUUUACACGUAUGAAUCGCUCUCUAGCUAUUUGCAUCAAGGCUGA